AUGUCGUUCUUUCCAUUAAGCCUGGCUCUAGGCCUUGUUGCCACAGGCGCCCUUGUCGCCGCUGGACCUUGCGACAUCUACGCCGCUGGCGACACGCCCUGCGUCGCGGCGCACAGCACCACUCGUGCCCUGUACGAUGCCUACACUGGCUCACUCUACCAAGUGUCGCGUGCUUCGGACAGUACCACAACUGAUAUUGCGCCUCUGACUGCCGGUGGUGUUGCCGAUGCUGCUGCUCAAGACACCUUCUGCGACGGCACAACCUGCAGCAUUACUAUCAUUUAUGACCAAUCUGGUAAUGGUAAUCAUCUUACUCAGGCUCCGCCCGGCGGCUUUGAUGGCCCAGCAGCCGGUGGCUACGAUAAUCUAGCUAGCGCGACUGGCGCCCCAGUGACACUCAACGGUCAGAAGGCAUAUGGCGUCUUGAUCGAACCCGGUACGGGUUACCGCAAUGACAAUGCUGUAGGCACAGCUACAGGUGAUUCAGCGGAGGGCAUAUAUGCAGUCCUUGAUGGAACCAACUACAAUGGUGAAUGCUGCUUCGACUAUGGCAAUGCAGAGACUAGCAAUACCGAUACAGGCGCCGGCCACAUGGAGGCUAUCUACUUUGGCGACAGUACUGGCUGGGGCACUGGCUCCGGCAGCGGCCCUUGGAUCAUGGCAGAUAUGGAGAACGGUCUGUUCUCUGGUGAGAGUGCUACUUACAAUAGUGGAGACCCGUCUAUCACCUGGCGAUUCGUUACUGCCAUUGUCAAGGGUGAAUCAAAUCAGUGGGCAAUCCGCGGUGGCGACGCGACUUCCGGCACGCUGUCCACAUACUACAGCGGUGUGCGCCCAUCUGGCUACAAUCCAAUGGCCAAAGAGGGCGCUAUUAUUCUUGGUAUUGGCGGCGACAACAGCAAUGGUGCCCAGGGUACGUUCUACGAAGGUGUGAUGACCUCCGGUUAUCCAUCUGACGAUACCGAGAACUCCGUGCAGGCCAACAUCGUAGCCGCCAAUUAUGCCACGUCUAGCUAG